AUGGCGGAGCGCAUCCUCAUGAAUGAAUUCAAGGCCCUUCUCAAAGAGAAGUGGGUUCAUGUCCAAUUGCACAAUGACGACAUUUUCAACUGGGAUGUCGCCCUGAUCGUGAUUAACCCAGACUCCAUGUACUACGGCGGCUACUUCAAAGCCUCUAUGACGUUCCCCUCCAACUACCCUUACUCCCCACCAAAGUUCCGCUUCCUGAAGCCCCUCCACCACCCGAACAUCUACACCAACGGGAACCUUUGCAUCUCCAUCCUUCACGCGCCCGGCGAAGAUGAGAUGUCCGGCGAGCUUGCCUCGGAGCGUUGGUCCCCUGCCCAGCGCGUGGAGUCGGUCCUGAUCUCCAUCCUCUCUCUUCUUGACGAUGCCGAGCCUUCCUCCCCUGCGAACGUCGACGCUGCCGUCAUGUUCCGCAAGGACCCAGAAUUCUACCGCGAGCUUGCCAAGGCCGAUGUUGAGCAGUCUAAGUUCGACAUUCCCGAUGGCUUCGAGAUGCCCACACACGAUACUCCCGUUCGUGAGCCCGUUGAGAAGGAAGACCAUGACUUCUGGGCUGAUAGCGAUGCCGACAGCGAUGUGUUCGGAGGUAGUGACUCCGACGACGAACUCGACAUGGGCCAGUCCAGCGGGAGUGAUCUAGAGGUGGACGAGGAUGAACCGGGCAACGAGAAUUCCACAGAGACCAAGAAGGCCUAA